UCAGUUAUGGGGGGACACCUUGGAGCUAAAAAGACGACACGACGAAUCUUGAGUGAUUUCUAUUGGCCCAGAGUUAGAGGCAAUGUGUCAAGGUUCUGUCGCUCGUGUGAGAUAUGUCAGAAGACAGUGUCAAAGGGGUCAGUCCCUAAAGCACCCCUUGGCAGGAUGCCAUUGAUUGAUCAGCCAUUCAAGAGAGUAGCUGUUGACAUUGUCAGCCCCAUACGGCCACAUAGCUAUCGAGGUCACUGGUAUCUGUUAACUUUUGUAGAUUAUGCCACACGGUAUCCAGAGGCGGUUCCUCUUAAGUCUAUCAGCAUGGAAGCCGCAGCGGAAGCACUUGUUGACAUACAGUCGGCUGGGAGUACCCGAAGAAAUUAAGUGAUCUGGGGACACAGUUUACGUCGAACUGCAUGAAAGAAGUGGCACUCUUGCUGAGCAUCAACCAGUUGACUACCUCGCCAUAUCAUCCUGCUUGUAAUGGCUUGGUAGAGAAGUUCAAUGGGACACUCAAGAACAUGCUGAAAUGAUUGUGCGCCGAACAACCAAGACAAUGGGACAGAUUUGUGAACCCGUUGUUGUUUGCCUACUGGGAAGUGCCGCAAGAGUCGACAGGGUUCGCGCCUUUUGAGCUACUGUUUGGCCGGACAGUGCGAGGGCCGAUGCAGAUUCUCCGGCAAUUGUGGACAAAGGACAACACAUUAGAGGAAAUAAAGACCAGCUACCAGUAUGUAUUUGAGUUGAGGGAGAAGACUGAACAAAUACUGAAGAUCGCAAGAGAGGAAUUGGAAAGGGCCCAGGGGAAGUACAAGGUAUACUGCACCAAGAGGCGGACGCUCUCUGCUGGGGACAGGGUACUGAUAUUGCUGCCAACAGAGAGUAACAAGCUCUACUGAUGAGAUGGAGAGGGCCGUACUCCAUAGUUUCUUCCGUAGGAGAGUGUGAUUACAGGAUUAAUGUGGGUGGCAAAGUGAAGAUCUACCACGUCAAUCUACUCGAGGGAUUUGUUCAACGUCCAAAUCGAACAGGUGGGAUUCUCGCCUAUGAGAUCAGGGGAUUGUUCGAGAAAGUCACCGCUGCGGUUCUUGAGACAGAUGACUGUGACCAGUCCAAUGAGGAAGAGGAGCAGUUACCGUGGCUGGGCACCUGUACGGCUGAAGAAACGUAUAGAGAUGUGAGUGUUGGGGAGUUCUUAUCACCUGCUCAGAAGUCAGAGGUUAAGGCCAUCAUUCAAGAGUUCCGAGAUAUAUUCACCGAUCUGCCAGGCACGACCAGACUGGGAAGUCAUUCUGUCAAGCUCACGACAUCGGAGCCUAUUUCCUGUAGACCUUACUCUCUACCAUUUGCCCUAAGGCCACAAGAAAAAAUCAGUUGUUGACAGGAGUGCGCACACCGAUUUUUGGCUCCGCAUGGAUUUAUUUUUAUUUUCUAUUUUGUACGCAUGCGCAAAUAUUUGUAGUCUAAAGAACUGAAUGACAGAUUUCUGCUCUAUUCGGGUAUGUGUAUCAUUUUGAUAGGGUGUAUUUGUGAUAGAUUUUCUCCUACUUAGCAUCUCCGGUAAACAUCCGGGCUUUGUCCGGGUUCUUAUAGCGCACAUCGUGUCAGCCAUGAGCUUGUCAAAGAGAGUCUGCUGUUGUGGAGGCUCUUUCCUGUUGUCCAUUAGUGUAGUUUUCGUUGUUUCUGUGGUUGUUCCUAGUCGUUUUGUUCGGUUCUGUUCCCAGUCAACGUUAGAUGGUUUGUUCGGCGGGCUAGCUUCUCCUUCGUCUGAAUGUGUGUCUGGUGAUUGUACUGAUCUUUAAGAGGAGGAAGAGAUGUGGAGAAGGACUAGAUUACAAAUAGAUGACUUUUAAUAGUUCUUGUCUAGUGUUUUGAUAGUAGUAUUUAAAAUAUUUAAUAAAUCAUCUGUGCACCAUUGU